CUUCAUUUGAUUCAUUCUUCUCCACCAAAACAAAUUCAGAAAUUUAAUUAAAAUCACAAAAGAAAAAAAUCGAACCGUUGAGAGAUCGCACCCUGCAAAAUCAAAGCUUUGAGAGAUCCCACCAAGCAUGAGUGAAGAAGACAAAAACAGAGCGGUUGUUGUUGAUCAUCAUCAUCAUCACCAUGAACAACAACCUCCUCCACCACCACCUCAAUAUGGUACGUUUCAAGGUGUAGCUAAUUAUCCUCCUCCUCCUCCGCCGGCAAUUGGCUUUCCUCAGCCUGUUCCUCCGCCGGGUGCUGCAGAGCCCUCCGCACCUUACUAUCCUCACGGCUACCAAACUGUGCAAGGUUAUGCUGUUGCUGAAGGGAGACCGGUGAGAGAGCGUCGCCUUCCUUGCUGUGGUAUUGGUGUUGGAUGGUUGUUGUUUAUUAUCGGAUUCUUCCUUGGUGCCAUCCCUUGGUAUGUUGGGCUUUUUGUUCUACUAUGCGCAAGGAUAGAUCCCCGAGAAAAACCAGGAUAUAUUGCUUGCACCAUAGCUGCUGUUCUUGCUACCAUUGCAAUUAUUCUUGGUGUAUCGAAGGGAGCUGAUGACUGGUAGCUGUAUAGGUAUAUAACCGUGACCGAACUUCUGAACUCGAUCUGGGUUUCGAACAUGGUCUGAAUUUGUGAAGACAAUC